CCACCUCUGCUAUUACCGUCGGCCAUGUCGCUCCCCGUCGCACAACGGUCACAGAUGGCUGUGUGAGAGUCAACAACCGGUCUCGAAGUGCAAUUGUGUUUUCGGUGUAAUCGCGUCGUCGAGAUUUGAGAUUUCCGGUUGCUCGUCGUGUCACAGGACAGCAAUAUCCGUGACACCGGUUACUCGCCGUCGUUCUUCCUUGUUGUCUUCUCUUCGUUGUUGCGCUUCCUGCGGCUACCGCCUUCAUUUCACCGUCUCUUUCGAUCAGUGACGUAUCCGGUGAUCGUCAGAGACGCGACGGAGCCAUCGAGGAUGAGCACGAACAACAUGCAGGCGCUAUUUGCGUGCUCACGCUGCUUCUCCAGACAUCCCUUCGAGGACUUGUCGCCCGGUCAACAAUUGUGCAAGGAAUGCAGAGGAGCUUUUCCUGUCGUAAAAUGUACUUACUGCAGAUCGGAAUUUCAACAGACCAUAAAAGGCAACACGAGCACUAUAUGUAAAAAAUGCGAGCAGAAUGUAAAGUCCUAUGGCAAGCCAUCGGCUUGCGAAUAUUGCAACACCAUUGCCGCGUUCAUCGGCAGCAAGUGCCAACGGUGUACAAACUCGGAGAAACGCUAUGGACCACCGGUGACCUGUGAGCAGUGUAAGCAAAAGUGUGCCUUUGACAGACAAGACGAAGACAAAAAGGUAGAUGGCAAGUUAUUGUGUUGGCUUUGCACGUUGUCGUACAAACGAGCACUGGCAAAGACAAAGCAAUCAGAUGCUGAGAGGAGGGCACAUAUGAAACUGGCGCAACAACGGGCUGCAAAACACAAAGAACAAAAACUGAAGGGUCACAAUAAGAGACCGCAUCGAGUCGACGUGACGAAAUUACCGCCGCAAUCCGAGGGCGGGGACGCAAAUGGGCCUACACCGGCAAAAGUUGUACGAAUGGGCGGUAUACAUGAUCCGCACGAUCCUAAUAGCUCGGAUCACGUGGUGGCGGUCACGCAGCUCAAGGAAAAAAUAGCGAAUUUGCAAAAGCAGAUCAGCAUAAAGGAGAGUCAGUUAUUGGCGAAGGACAGACAGAUCACAGAGCUGAAAGCAAAGAAUUUUACGUCUGAGACCGAACUACGUAACAAGAUGAAAGCGUCAGAGAAGGAAUACGAGACGAAGAUCUCCAACAUGCAGCACAAAAUAUCGAGUCUACUGAAGGAAGUGGCGUCGUUAUCGAAGACAUCCAAGCGAGGUGAUCGAGUAGCAGCCACGAAGACGGAAGCCGGGACCAAUAGCGGCAGCGGUACGGACAGUCCCGUGCCUUGAUAAGGUAAAACGAUACAUGUUACAGUUAUUGCUGCCGUUUUCACGAUGUGUUUCGCGUCUCCGAUGGCGGUUAAGUGAGAAAUUGCGCUUGCGCGCGAUGACGGCGACGCGCGAAGAGUCACAUCGUCGCUGCAAACAGUCAGUAACAGUGGAUGAAGAGUUUCGUUUCACCAAUUGUUUCCAGGGAAUUCGAGCUUUGUGAUAGCAUCUCGAAUGUCCACGCGUUCCGUAUGAUGAAACGUGGCGCAUUACCGCAUAGUUAAUUGUUUCCAUUAACACACAAGACGAAGAAAUUGUAUUAUUUUUCUAAUUACCAUAUAGAACUGUAUAAUUAUAUUAUCAGAUUGAGUCCGCGUGCGUUACCGUGCGCGAUAAGUCUCUCGCUCGUGUCUCCGUUUAGGGGAGAUUGAUGAUGAUGAUGCAGAUGCGAGAAUUUAUAUGUAGAAUUUAGAUAGCUUCCUGCCGUUUUAUUUUCCCUUCUCGUUUUUCGACGACAAAGUUUCGUGCGACGACUCGUUCGAUGCGUCGCGGCAGCGUCGAUCUCGCCGAAGGACUGACGAAAAUCCGAGAGUCGAUACGAAUCGUAAUGCAGUUUUUUUACGAUGAGAUCAUGCGAAACUUUCGAGGAGUCUUUCGGGAUGAGUAUCCCGAAAUCGACUAAUUGUACAUGUACGUGGAUACGAUCAUUGACAGCGCAAUGUUGCUGUGCUGCAUUUUAUUAUUUAUACGAUGAUGUAAGCAAUGACGAUGAAAUCAGGAAAUCAUUCUAUGGUGAUUGUAGAUGAAUUUAUAAUAAAACUUUGAAAACUAGUC